AUGGGCGAUGUGAAGGCUGUUUCCAAGGCAGAAAUGCGGCGUCCGAGGGUGAGUGAAGGAGGAUCACCCACAGCUCCACGAUCUGACAAAGCUUGCCCGCCGGCGCUCUCAUCUGGGAAAGGUGGCAUGUCCGGCGGCUCCAUGCAAAAGACGUUCCAAGAGGCAAUGCGACAGCGUCGCACCAGCUUGCCGGCCAACAGUCUGACGUUCGGGAAAGCUCAGCCGCUCUCGAUCCACGCCAUCAACGACUUCGGGCUUCCAUGCGUAGUGCAGAAUCCGUACAGUGGCGAGCAGUUGAUCGUAUCAAAUAGCUGCCUUAAAGGCCUCUUUGCCCUUCUCGAUUUCGAACUCGCUGCUCCUCCGUUCACUCUUUGUGACUCUUCGACACAUGCCAUCUUCUCUAUCCAUGGACUUUCACAACGGGAUAUUGGACAUAGUCUUCGCUUCAUGAGAGACAUUGCUCAAACGUCGCGUCAUGAGUACUUUUGA